GGCAUCAGUGACCAUUUGUUCGCCCCACACACAACACCUCACAAGUAUUUUGCAACAUGUAUUCCAAGAUCAUUGUUGUUCUGGCCCUUGUCGCCGCCGUCAGUGCUCAAAGCCACUACGGACAUCAACAACACUACCAGCCCCAGCACUACCAUCACGAAGAGGAACAUCACGGACCAGUGCACUACGAGUAUCACUACGAUGUGCAUGAUGACCACACUGGUGAUGUUCACGGCCAGAAGGAGGCUCGUAAGGACGACUCUACUCAGGGCGAGUACUACCUGAUCGAUGCCGAUGGCCACAAGCGUACCGUCACGUACCACGUUGAGGGUAAGAGCGGAUUCAUCGCGGAGGUGCACCGUGAGCCGAUCAAGGGAUACCAGGCACCGCAGCCCCAGCAUCAUCAAUAUCAGCCCCACCAUCAGGUUCCGUCUCACUACAACUAUCAACAUUAAAUAAUAGUAUAGUCAUACAAAUUUAUCGAACAAUGUUAAUAAACUAACGAUAAAACUUAUCUAUAUGUGAACUUGUAUAUAUUUUUUGCGAUGGAAUUUAUAGACAUGAAUUGGGACCUAGAACUCGAACGACUUAAUAACAUGCCCAUUAUAGGCUCAAAUCUCAUAUGAAUGGUCUCCCGAAGCAAGGAUUGACUAUCUGAUUGUGUGGUAUUAAAAUAAGUCUCGAAGGCCUGUUUAAUCCGGCAUCCGCCAAAAAGAAGAAUAAUGUGGAGGUUUCAUUUAUUGAUAAGAAUGUUUUAUUCAAACCAUCGUAGAAAUUUUCUUAUUACUAAACAUUUGAAAGUGAUCUAUUGUGU